UAAUAUUAGCUGAAAUAUUCGUGAAAAGCACAAUUGUUGAUAUAUUUUACUUUUUUCUUUUCUUUUUGCUGAAGAAGUCUCGUUUGUAAAGUACUAAGAAUAUUUUCGGAUGAACUAUGUGUUUUAUUCGAAAAAAUGGAAACUGGGUUAUAUGCAUAAACCAAAAUAAAAAUUAUCAUAUAAUACAAACCUCGCUUUUAGUAGUAUCACUAUCAGCGAAAAUAUGGAGUGAUAAUGAAAGAAACUGAGUUUUAUUUCAGCAUCGGUUGGUUGCAGUUAGCGUUCGUGAUAUCUGCGCACUAAUGUAACUUCAUGUCAUAACUUGUACCCGUUUGGAUCGCCAUGUCAUUAUACUGUAAGGUUACUAUUUUGAUUUUGUAGCCUUUUAAUUUUUUAUCUUUACAGAUUGGAGUAAGUGUGAGUGUGAUACCUUGUCAUUUUUGGUACUUGGAAAAUGAUGAAAAAGUGUUUUUGAUGGUGUCAACCAACAUAAAAUGAGCAAAAUCGAAGAAGCAAUUUUAAUCAUAGUACUGCCAAAUUAUCACAUGAAAGUUAACCAUACUUAAAAUGGCAGCUUUAACCAGAACACCACUUCAGACUGUACAAGAAUCAGUCAUUUCAGAGCAGGUUGAAGAAUCAACCUCUAUUCCACGAAGUUCCACUUUAAGAAAUAGGUCAUCAGAAGAGCCACAUGUUGAAAUAUACAAGCUUUUAAAAACAAUAGGCAAAGGAAAUUUUGCAAAAGUGAAAUUAGCUAAACAUUUGCCAACUGGAAAAGCGGUAGCAAUUAAAAUAAUUGAUAAGACACAACUUAAUCAAUCAAGCCUUCAAAAGUUGUAUAGGGAAAUGAAAAUAAUGAAAAUGUUGAAUCACCCAAAUAUAGUGAAACUUUUUCAAGUUAUAGAGACAGAAAAAACUUUGUACCUUGUAAUGGAGUAUGCAAGUGGAGGUGAGGUCUUUGAUUAUUUAGUUGCACAUGGGAGAAUGAAAGAAAAAGAGGCUAGAGCAAAGUUUAGACAAUAGUCCCUCUUAGAUACGACUGACCUAUCUGCCAUGAUAAAAAUGUCACAUCUGACAGGAAGUCUUUGUUCAAAGGAUCAAUAACAAGAUAACAAAUGACCAAGCUCAAGCUGUGCCUGUUGCUAUUCCCAGAG